CCACGCAAUAAAAACCAACCCCAAAGCUGACAAAUCACCCUUCACAAGUCAUUUACGAGAAACACUUUUUGUUCUCUUAAAAACAUCCCUGCUGCCUCGAUGCAACGCGAUGACCACAAACCCCCGAGGAACUCCCUGAGCGAAUUGCUGAGCAAAAAAUGGCAAAAAGGCGACUCCCGGGCCCCCCUGGACCGUAUGCUCGAGGAGGAAUACGAAACUUUACUGCGGGAAAUCGACUAUUUGACCUGCUGCGAAAAGUCCUGCUUGCUGAGCUUUAAAAAUGAAUAUUUCAACCAUAAAUCCAGCGAAGACUUGGGUACGGUCUUAAGUAGGCACAGCGACAGGGCCCUAAAAACUUACGCGGACAAUCAUCGGACAAACAGCAAAAAAAAAUCGUUCGACAGUCGUAACUCGUUGGUGAAUUACGUCACGGAAAUCGUCGUUUCCAGACCAAAGUGUAACAGGAAUUUGUGUAAAUGUGGCGAAGGAGCAAGUGGAGAGGGAGGAAAACAGAGGGAGAAAAUAGAGAAGGGCAGUUCCACUCAGUCAAGGGACACGAAAGAAGUGACCAGUCAAAUUGACGAUGUACAUUCAAGGAGGGACCAAGGGGCUGCUGCCACAGUCCAGACUGACAGGGAGAGACACCACUCCCAGAUCCAAACCGACCAUUGGGACCGAGACCCGAACUGUACGUGCGGCUGUUGCCCCAAAACCACCUCGCAUACAGUCUCGAGCCUCACCAAGCCUCACCUACAGGACGCCUCCACCAGCGACAAGAAACUCACCACCACGUCAAAAAUGACUUUGGCCAACUGUACCGGGGACACCAGGGACGCCCUUACCUCCACCACGAGGGUCUGCAUACCGGAAAAUUACUCUUCGGGAAUUGAUAAGUUCACCAGGUGCAACUUGGAUAAAAAAGACUGCGAGUGCGAGGUGUUCGAUGCCAAGGAGGCCGUGAAGAGGGGCCUGGUGUUGCCUGCGAGCGAAUUCUGUAUCCAGACUAAGAGGACCAUCGUUAAGUCCGGCGGUACCCAGUCCAAAGACGUUAACAUAAUGGUGAGGGAGCAGAAGGCAUCGACUUCAUCAGAGACUUCGUCAAGCGAAACUAAGAAGAAGAAAAAGAACAAAGUGGGGUGCUUCGGGGGUAAAAAGAAGAAAGGCUGCGACGAACGGUGCCAAGGCCUGAUUUUGCACGAACAAUCGGUGCAAACCUUACCGAGGUUGAGUCAGGAGGCGGCACGUUCGCCGCCCCCGAGACGAAGAACCGCCGACACCAGCACGGACUCGGACGCGUCGGUCCAAGUGUCCCUCAGGCAAAUCAACGAGAGCCAAAAUCGCACCUUGAGAAUGGACAAACAGACGUCGCAGCACGAGCAGAAAACGGUCGAAGGUAGAAAGUCUUCGGGCACAGGUAAGGGGCUCAAAUGGGGCCAAGGGGACCAGGAGAAGACGUCGGUGUGCAACAAAUGCGGCAGACAGAAGAGGGAUUGUGCGAGCGCGUGCAGGAAUACGUUUAUUAUACCUUAUGCAUCUGGGAGCAAUCGGGCCAUUCCUGCUGGGGAUAGUGAGUCCCUGAGGAUGCUUAUAAAGAUGCAGAGCAAAGACACGAACCGACAAAUCGACACGAUAAUGACCGAGAUCAGCCAUCAAAAGACGGAAAUAAGACGCCUGAACGACAUGUACCAGAAGGUCGUGGAAACCGUUUACGAGACUCAGAAAUCGAUCUCCAGCUACAACCAAUCCAACGUCUCUCAGAAGAGCGCUCAGAGAUCAGAAGGCUCGAGGUCGUGCGGCUGCUCCAACGGUUCUGAGUGCAAACCCUUAGGGAAUAAACGAGACAAAAAAUCAAAGACCAGUGUGAAAAUUAGCCCCAAUAAUAACCAAAAUAUCAGUAGUAAUAAACGGUAUGGCCCCCCGAACACCGCAGUGGCCAUAAACAUGUGCGACACCUGUACGGUGGAAAUUGCUGCGAACAAUACGAGAAGUUGCCCCCCACAGAAUCAAGGAGAUUAUGAGUGCUUUGACAAGGAGCACAAGGAGCACGUGAACCAGUGCAAAAAGGUCGGCCAGAACCUCAUGUUAAAACUGGAAAACUUGAACUGUGACGGUGGAGACUUUGAGGUGGGACAGAAACCCGCUGGGUCUGUUGCCACCAUUUUUAAACCCAGCAGGAAGUUUAGCCAUCACGAGAUCCCGAAAGAACCAACCUCAGAGCCCGAUAACGACUCUUCUAUAGUAACAAUCGACGUGGAGGAACAUAGAAGGAAACCGAAGAGAACUUAUAGCAGCAGGGUGCUGCUCUGGCUAAGGAAAUCCUGGAUUUCUAUUAAACAGAAGCACGAGGAGUGUAAAAUGAAGCACGAAGACGCGAGGAAAAGUGCUGUGAGGCACGUGUACGAUUUUUGUCACAGUGCGGCCAAGCACGCGGCUGUUAACGCUUGGAAAGCUGCAAAAAGUCACAAGUUUUUCUCUAGAAGUGAUCGGGCAUAUUGAAGAUUUUAUUGUACUUGAUUGUGAAUUAAAAACUGUCCUAUAUACGAUA